AUGAGGACAUGUUUGGCUGCCUUGAGCCUUCUACCAGAGAGAGCAACCAGAGAGAGAGAGCCUAUUUUCUUGGCAUUUUACGCGCUCCAGCGCCCCGUACCUCGAGCAUGAUCACUGCAAUGUUCUAUAAGGUCUAAACGACAGACUGAUGGUGGACCUCUGGUGACCACAAUCAAUCGUUCGGUGAAUAAACUUCAUCAGGAGGGAGGCUGAGUGUGUGGGCGCCCCUUUCCACCACCUCAAGACGAUGCGCAUCACUGACAGCAGUGUAUGUGGAAUACCAAGAGGACGGAGAGGAUGGAGAUGAAGCGAAGUUGAAAACAUUGUUGCUUCUUGCCGAUUUGGAAUCAUGGCCAAGAACACAUCGCUGUAUUUUCGUAUCGUUGAAGGGCGGAAUCUGCCGGCGAAAGAUGUGUCGGGCACGAGCGAUCCGUACUGCAUUGUGAAAGUUGACAAUGAGGUCGUGGCUAGGACGGCCACGGUGUGGAAGAACCUGAAUCCGUUCUGGGGAGAGGAGUACACCCUGCACCUCCCUAUGGGCUUCCACCUGCUCUCCUUCUACGUCAUGGAUGAGGACACUAUCGGCCAUGACGACGUGAUUGGGAAGAUCUCCCUCACCAAGGAGGUCAUCGCAGCUCAGGCAAAAGGGCUGGACAGCUGGCUGAACCUGACGCGUGUGGACCCAGAUGAGGAGGUGCAGGGGGAGAUCCACGUGGAGCUGGAGCUGCGGAGGGAAGCCCAGCGCACCUGCCUACGCUGUCACGUCAUCCAGGCCAGAGAUCUGGCCCCCAGGGAUAUUUCUGGAACAUCAGACCCGUUCACCAGGAUUCUCUACCACAACCACAGUGCAGAGACCUCGAUCAUAAAGAAGACACGGUUCCCCCACUGGGGGGAGACGCUGGAGCUGAGCCUGGAGAAGGGGGAGGAGGAGGAGGGCGGCUGCGUCACCCUGGAGGUCUGGGACUGGGACAUGGUGGGCAAGAACGACUUCCUGGGGAAGGUGGAGAUUCCGUUGGCGUGCCUGCACAGAACGCCACCGCUGCAGGGCUGGUUCCGACUCCUGCCCCUCGGCAACACGGAGGACGACGCCGGUGGUAGGUUGGGGGCGCUGCGUCUGAAGGUGCGGUUAGCAGAGGAGAGGAUCCUGCCCUCUGUCUACUACCAGCCACUCACAGACCUGCUGGUGGAGUCAGUCAUAUCACCUGCAGAGGUGGAGGAGCCCACCCUGCUGACGCUGCUGGAGGAGGUGGCGACGGUGGAGAGCCGGCAGGACGUGGCCAUGACGCUGGUGAAGAUCUACCUGGGCCAGGGCCUGACCGUGCCCUUUCUGGAUUACCUCAACACCAGAGAAGUCAACCACACAUCGGAUCCAAACACCCUCUUCCGAUCCAACUCACUAGCAUCUAAAGCCAUGGAACAGUUUAUGAAGGCGGUGGGGAUGUUGUAUCUGCAUGAGGUGCUGAGGCCCAUCAUCAACCGCAUCUUUGAGGAGAAGAAAUACGUGGAGCUGGACCCCUGCAAAAUAGACAUGCACCGCAGCAGGCGUAUCUCGUUCAAGGGCUCGGUGUCGGAGGCUGAGAUCCGUGAGAGCAGUGUGGGGCUGCUGCAAGGCUACCUGUCCAGCAUCGUGGAGGCCAUCGUGGGCUCCGUGGCCCAGUGCCCCCUCGUCAUGAGGGUCCUGUUCAAACAGCUGCACAAGAGGGUGGAGGAACAGUUCCCCGAACCGCAACAUGAGGAUGUGAAGUAUUUGGCCAUCAGCGGUUUCUUCUUCCUGCGUUUCUUCGCUCCCGCCAUUCUCACCCCCAAACUCUUCCAUCUGAGAGACCACCAUGCAGACACACGCACCAGCAGAACACUACUGCUACUGGCUAAGGCGGUCCAGAGUGUGGGUAACCUGGGGCUGCAGCUUGGUCAUGGUAAGGAGCAGUGGAUGGCCCCCCUGCAUCCCACAAUCCUUAGCAGCGUGGCCUCCGUCAAAGACUUCCUGGACAAGCUGAUAGACGUCGACCAUGACAACAUGUCGGAGGUGCCCCAGCGUGCGGUGUUCCUGCCCUCGGUGACGGUAAAGGAGGGUUUCCUGAUGAAGCAUAAGGCCCAGGGUCCCACGCUGCUGAAGAGGAUGGCCUUCAAGAAGCGCUACUUCUGGCUGAGCAGCGAGACGCUCUCCUACGCCAAGACGCCUGACUGGCAGGUCCGUGCGUCCAUCCCGGUGCAGUGUGUGUGUGCGGUGGAGCGUGUGGAUGAGAACGCCUAUCAGCUGCAGAACGUCAUGCAGGUGGUGACACAGGACAGCGAAGGACACCUCAACACCAUGUAUCUACAGUGCAAGAAUGUGAAUGAGCUGAACCAGUGGUUGUCGGCCAUCAGGAAGGUGAGCAUCUACAACGAGCGCCUGCUGCCUUCAUUCCACCCCGGAGCCUACCGCAGCGGCAAGUGGACAUGCUGCCUACAGCCCGAUCGCUCAGCGGUGGGCUGCAGUCGUACUCAUUCUGCGGUGACGUUAGGGGACUGGAGUGACCCUUUAGACCCGGAUGCCGAGGCCCAGACUAUCUAUAAACAGCUGCUCCAGGGCAGGGAUAAACUCAGGAAGCAGUACCUAGAGCCAGAGGAAGCAGCCGGAGCGGCAGAGGAGGAGAGCAGACCAGUCAGCUCCACACAGCCCUCAGGCGGCCUGCAGAGGGCAGCAGUGCCAUCGGAGAGGACCAGAGCUCUGGUGACUCGCCUGCUGGACGCGGUGGCAGAGCUGGAGCGCGCUCACAACACCUACCAACGCCGCGAGAAAGAGGAGGCCAGCUCACUAAUACUGCCUUCAUAGACCGCACACUAAACACUCACACACACACACACACACACACACACACACACACACACACACACACACACACACACACACACACACACACACACACACACACACACACACACACACACAGGAGGUCGGCUCCCUUAUACUGGCUUCGUACACUACGCUCACACACACACACACAGGCAUG